AUCCUUCGUUACGCACAUGAAAGGUCGUCGAAAGUGAAUACGAAAGUUCAUUCAAUCCUUCACGUGUAUUGUUACCUAUGAAUGACAAUCGACUACGAACUAUGCUAUUUACGUGCUUCUACGACGCUUAGAAUUCUGUCAAUUAUUAAAUCGCAUAUCUGUGUGUAUAUUUAGAACUACAACUCACUAUCUCGUAAACACGUUAACUGUCAAAUCGACUGACUCCCGAGAUUAAACUCAAACGAUUAACCCAUCCCUAUUGUUUAGAAUAAAAAGAGAUAUCUAAUAUUUAAAGAGAGUAUCUUGCUUUGAAGAAUGAUUAUUCAAUCUUUACAAGCUUCCGUAUCGACUGUUACUUAAUUGUUAUUGUUUUACUUUGGUUAUUCAGCUGCAUUAUAAAGUAUAGGAUUGUUUAUUACGUGAUGGCUGACCUUAAUACACGCCCUCUUAUUAGAUAUCUCGAUGACGUUUAGCCUUGAUCAUCCCCGAUACGGAACACGGCUGAAUGCGGUUGCAUUCUCUCGAAUGCAUCCGCCAUAACCUUAGUCUGACGUCAUCGGGAUGAUACUACUUGAUCGUGGACGUUCUACUGAUUCUACGUAGGGAGAUACCUACAUAUACUUGCUGCUUACUUAUAAUCGACAAUAAGAAAUUCUGUUGUCAUGUUAAUCGUUGGUUUUAUCACAACUGACCCAGUGACUCCUCCCUCGGCGGUCUUAAAACAUGACUCAUUAUCGCACUGCCGCUACGCGCAUUAAUGAAAAAUCUGUAUUCCUUGUAAUAAUAUGAUAUUACGCGAUUUGACAUUAACUGGAAUCAGAGCGGAAACAAUGCAAGUGCACGCCUAGUCGUUUUUAAUAAUACAUCUCAUGCGUACACGCGUUCCGCGUUCGCGGAACAGAGAAACAUGCUCGACAAACGACAGAAACAGUUUGUUUACGCGAGAUAUGGUGCAGGCAAAGGGGCCACAGUGAUGGAAGAUCCACAAACACCUGGAUCGGACUGCAACUCCAAUCCUGCCACAGAUUCCAUCCAACAUGACUUGAUCAGCUCCGAGUUUGUGCAGGACAACGUAGAGUAUCAAUGGUUCAUUGAUUACGGCUACAGAGAUGGUGGACUUCACGUUCAUCCAAGUGUGUUGUCUUCGCUUUCUGCUUCAUACUCUCGAGAAGAUUUGGGCUAUUAUGAUGAUCUUGCCCGUAAUUUGGAUGCCAACUUGGCAGAGAUCGAUAUGGAGAGUUUUCGUACAGCAGACAUCCACACUUUACUUACAGCAUUGCCAGUGAUGUGCACAGAUCCUGUCCAACAUUCGGAAUUUAACAAUCAAAGGGAACGGUAUGCCAGUAUAUCUGGAUCUGUUAUGGAAAAACUUGAUAUUGGUUCAUCUAUCAGCCCCCAUACUAGCAGCCAGGGAGAAGACUCAGCUUGUUCAACGACGGACACGAUUUCUAUAUGUAAAUCGUCGCUGCUGUUCUCGCCCCUGAAAGAGACACCCGUACUACCACCGGGGGGUAGUUACAGCGUCGACUCUCUGGACUGCGAAGAUAUGUUGCUGACAUGCCAAACGAACAACAAAGACAACUACACAAUUGCUUUUGAGGGUAGUAUCACGAUGUAUUCAGAAGACUCUCAAGAUUUCGAAAAUCAAGAGAAGCAAAAGACAUAUGAAGCAAGAGAAGCAUACUAUAACAGAAACGCGGGCCUGAAAAAUGUAUUAGAUUUAUCGAUGGCGUGUUCAGAUUCUAAAAUAUAUACUACGUGGAGCAACUUAAAGCAUUCUUCUAUGAACAAAAUUAUAACUCGUCAUCCAUCGGGCAAUAAUAAUACGAUACCAGAAUUUUCGCACGGCGUGGAGAAGAUUAUAUCUGCGACGAAUAAAAGAAGCCAAAGUUUGCCGGAUCUGACGCAAGCCACGCAGUUGCAACAUCUAAAUAUGCCUCUCAAUUUUUCUGUCGAUUCCGCGGAAUCGAACAAUCAUGUCCAACAGUUACAGAGUUCGGGAUCUGUAAUGAGUCGAUCGAUAAACGAAGAAAGCUCCGACAAUGGUGAUAACAAUUCGACAGGAAGGAGAUUGCAGAAUUUAAGUCUCGUGAAAUUAUUUAUGAAGCAGAAGAGUAUGAGCGCCGAAGGAAUGAGCCUGGAUCAGUCAGACUCUGCUAGUGAUAAUGGAUGGCCUACGAAUAACAGUGCUAGCGAUAGUGGCACUAACACUAAUACCAAUACACAAAUACACCGGCAGAAUAUAAAUAAUUUACCUAAGCGUCAAAUUCCCGAAGGCGACUUCUCUAUAAAUUGGGUAAAGAGUGACGUCCACAGCAAUCAGGAAACGAAGGAUCAGAAAGAUAGUCUCAGCGACAUUCCAAAACAUACGUCGACGAUAAGCGAACAGAAAGACGAAAUGAUGUCGUCUGCAUCCGUAGAGGAAUUAUCGGAGAACAUGUCUAAAUCAGAUAUAACUCACGACAAUGACACAGAUCAAAACGAGUUCGAUAUCGUACCAGAUGCUUUCGAUCAUCAGCCGACAACCGCGUGGAUCAAGCCCCUCGAGAAGAAACAUCCGAUUUGCAAGACAACAGGAAUUCAAGCGAUAGCUCAAACGGAGGAUAACUCGGCCCAAACCUCGCUACUAUUUACAGCACUCGCGAAAGAGAAAGAGAACGAGAAUAUAUCGUUAAGAGAAACGAUCGUUAAUAAAAAGCCGGUUUACGUCGUUUACCCAAACUAUGCUCUGCCGGAUUUAUCGUUUCUCAAUAUCAAAGAUACGAAACUGAAUAACGUAGCGUUGAAACCACAGUCCUACGGAAAAAGUAGAGUUACUUGGAAGCACACGGGUAAAUCUGGCAGGCCGUUUUCGUGUAACGAUAUAGACGCGCUGCGUCAGCGUGGAUUUUCACACAUCAAGGACUGGGAAUCGUUGACAUUCCUCUUACCUACGGAGUACAAGAAAAUUUUGCACGACGUGCCGGAAGUCUCGAGACAUAUCAACCUAAACGAGGAAGUGAAGAAGCCUCUGUUCUGUCUGUCCCCUCCGAUGCGUCAUAAAACUCGCACCAUAAACGAAAUCAUACCAAACACCUCGUCCUCCACCAGUAGCACAGCGACGCAACCGUCCUCCGGGUACCGGGGAUCAUCUACGAUAUUAACCGACUCGUCGACGAAUCAGCAAACGUUAAACAACACAACCAAUCCAUUGUAUCUUUACCGUUACGAUAGUAUUAGUUCCGAGGCCAGUUUAGUAAGUAAUGACAAAAAAUUGCACAGGCAAGUCACCAAGGCAAAGUCGACUUGUCCGUGUCUACCGAAACGAUCAAUUUCGCUACCUCACGGAGACCGUGAGUCUGAAUUUUCUAAUGGAAAAGUACCACCGAGGCCACCUUUACCCAGAAGUAUUUUAAGAAAAACCAAGGUUCCUGCGAGUAAGAGAUAUAGCAUGUUUGAGAUGGGAGAUGUAGAGGAAAUCGAAGAUCCAGCUCCCGAAACGAAUAAGAGGAUGUCUUUGCAAGAGCCAUAUUAUAUGAAUAAUGAUUUGCAAUUGGCGUAUCGCGGGAGAAUAGUUGAUUCGGAGAAGGACGUCGACGAGAUGGAAGAGAAAUAUCACGAGAUAGCUAGCACCGGGGAUGCGGAGGCUGAAAAUUCUGAGAAUAGCGAGGACGACGUUAAGCAGUUGGAGGAAUUUUUAAAGCGCAGCGGUUUCUCGUCGCAGAGCAGCGACGGAGACACGGAAGAUCCUGACAUUAAAUUAAGAUCGUACGUUAAGAAAUUUUUAUCUCUCAGGAUGAACAAGGAUGUUACCAAAGCUACCGAUAUGAUAGAAUCACAGAAAAAGACUGUCAGUUUUGCCGUAAACCAAAGGAAAAAAUAUUUAGAUAAUAAGACUAACAACUUGAAUAUUACAAACGAGCAGAGUAAAGAUCCAACAUUCGGAGAAGAUAGAAGAACGACGAGUUCCGAUGAUAGAUUAGACUUGGAUGAGAAAAGGAAAAUGAUACUGUCCGCGAAUAGAGCGGUAGAUUCAUUAUUGAAAUAUUGGAACAGCGAGUCGGGCCAUAAUAGACAAAACUACAAUGACAAAAAUGAAUGUGCUCAAAUCUGUGUCAGUACUUUAUGUCCAGCUUUGUACGCUGUCAUGUUGGAUGGCUUAAAACCGCAUUUAAAUUCUACGUUCGGACCAAUAACGAAUAGCGUCUGGCAAGUAGUCGAAGCAUCUUCUCAACAAGGUCCAGUUACUAAAGCGUUAAACGAGUUAGUACAAAAAAUCAAUGGCGAAGAUGUAAUUACAGAGGGAAUGCUGAAGUUUCACGCAUUUGUAUUUGGAUUAUUAAACUUAAGGGCUUUGGAUGCAUGGUUCGCAUAUUUAUGUACGAGGGAGUCCAUUCUAAAGAAACAUUAUAAUAGCAAUAGUUUAUUCGUGGCAGCCUUAGCUAAUACAAACGUUCGAGAAAUAGUCGACGCUCUUUUAUACACUCUAAACCCCCUAGCAUUCUGUCCAUUUCAGCUUGAUCUACUAUAUCAAUAUCGCCAACUUCAUAAUAGCCUUGGCAAUUUAAAUAAUCAUCCCAUGAAUGCUGUAAACUUUCGAAACGUCGACCUUGCUACUAAAGAACACCAUUUCGACAAAACGGAUGCAUGUACAAUGGUUUCUAGUCCAACUCCAAGUCCAAGGAAAGUUCGUCCACGAUCGUGCGUCGCUUAUGGAAAUUACAACGAUAAAUCUAGUGGUACAUACAAAUCGGAUAUGGAAACUGUAAAGAAACGCUUAAGUAAUCCUAUAGCAUCGAAAGUAUUCCGCACUUUUGAUAAACUGGCUUCCGAGGAUUCUGAAGAUUAUACCGACAGUUUGGAACAUUCGCCGUUGAACAGAGCGUCGAGUAAACAAUCUGCGCCAAGGAAAUCUCGCAGCCUGGAGAACAAGGCGGAGGAGAAAGAUAAUGUUAUGCUCGGAGUGGAGAAGUUUAAGAACCUUCAAGAGAAAUGGGAAAUGAUGCUCGGAAAAGAAGAAGCAAAAACUCAACCGACGGCGUUGUCGCCCUUGUCACCUACGCGAACGCCUACAACGAAUGUAGGGAGGUCUAAAAUACCCAGGCUUCUUACUUCGCCGGUGAAACAAUCGAAUGCGGUAUCGGGACCUGUUAAGAACACGAAAUCUCCUAUCUCGGGAAUUCCAUCGUUAAAGAAACCUGUCAUGCUUUCGACGACGAAAACCACGCCAAAGAAACCCGUAGAAGUAAGAGGCAAAGAUGUGACAAGACGCACCAGUAGGGUGGAUCAGGAUGUUGUGGGGGCAACGAGAACACAUUUAACGCGACCCAGUUCUCUUCCUUACAAAUCCUACGGUGUCAUGUCCAAGGAGAAGAAUUUAAUAUCUCCUCAGAGACGAGCUGCGUCCACGUCUUUACCAAGACCAACCACUACCGCUAAUACUACAAGAAAUCUUGCGAAGAAACCGCUUAAAGAAGUGCGCACGCUCACGCAUAGAAUCCCGUCGGAUAACGGGCAUCUUGCGUUCGCAGAAGGUGAGAAGCUGAAAGUGAUUCUCGAGGUAGAUAAUAAAUGGUUGUUAUGUGCGAGAGGUGAUCGAAAAGGUUUGGUUCCGCGGAUGUGCGUGCACAGCAUUCAGACUUAGCCCCGUACGAUUAAAAUGUCAGAGGAACAAUGGUAAAUGAAAUUCUACGAGACUUCGGCGCUCAGAAAAUAGUCGAUGAAAAGAAGAAGCACGUUGUACAGUGUAUCAAAGGAGAAACAUAGAAUUGUUUUUAAAACAUACGGUAUAGUAAUUGUCAUUAUCACGAUUAUCCAUAAUUAAUUGUUCGAAGCUUCAUUUAUAUCGAAUUGCUAUAAGUAUUAUCGAUCGUAUUGUCAUUGAGACGAGAAUCUAGAUAUCACCGCUAGUCAUAGGCUUUCAAACCAGAUUAUAUUUAAUUAAAUGAACAUACACUAUUUAUAAUCAGAAUGUAAAUAUAUACAGUAAAAUAUAAAGACGAUAACGACAUGUAAUACAUUAUAAUAUUAUCAAUGUAACUGUGAUCAUAGUGUAUAGGUAAGUUUAUUAAUGCGACUGUGCGGCAAUGUUGGACUUUAGUUUUAACGCUCUAACUUAUACCUUUUAUUCUUAUCAAUUCUGUACGAUUAGCACGAUUAACAAGUUUUAUUUGACCCGAUGUAUAAAUUAUUAUAUUGCGCGUUUGUGGUUCGCAAAAAUCACAUUUUUUUACUUGCUUCAUGUAUUCUUUAGUAUGCCAAGGCAUAUUAUACUAUAAUCAAAUAAAAUGUAAAAUUGUAAUUGUA